AUGACUAGGAAACAUCACUGUUGUUGGGGAGAAUUGGGAAGAUUAUGUUCUUGUUGCGGUUGGUAUGAGUGCCGCCUAGCGAGCUCAUGGGAAGAUGGCACAAUUGUACAUCGUGAGAUGCAAUAUCCACUCGUCUCCUUCUCCCCCCCCCCCUCUUUUUUUGAUAAAGGAAAAAGGGGGGGGGGGGGUAGGAACAGGUUAUCUUAUGAGUCCUUAUAUUCAACUUUUAUUUGCAUAAGUGCUAAAGCCAAGAUUUCUUUGGAGAUGGCCCUGCACGGCCACUAUCGGGGUAGGCUCUAUCACCGGGAUAUCGAUCUUGUAGAUGCUCUCCCCACUCCUAUGUCUGAAAGGCGCAUGCGAGAGUUUUCUAGGUUGCGGUUGGUGGAAGUGGGAAAUGUUGGUUCUAGCGGGCCACCAUCGCCUUCCCAAUCAGCCGUUGGGGUUGCUUCCCUAGUUUGUUCGUCGAUUACUGUUCCUUCUAGUUUGCCUGUGGGGGUACGAGCAGGAAAAGGUAAUGCUUCUAUUUGGAAAAGGAAAAGUUUACGCGUGGUUCCAUCGUUAGACGAGGAGACGGAAUCUGAUGAUGUGGGUGUUUGUCCUCGUAAAGCGCAUAGGACUAAAGAGAUAGUGGUGUUGCCUUGUUCUCCAGAGGCGUCACCCUCACCAUUUGUUGUUUCACCCUUGGUUAAUCUUGGUUCCGACUCUAUGUCUGGGGGUGCGCCGAGUUCGCAUGGAGGUUCUUUUCAGCAGAAGAAGCCUUCCCUAUUUGACCAAAUAGGAACUUUAUCUCAUUCCCUAUCUUUCGAGGCCUAUGCUUCGGACUGGAUGCUGGAGAAGGGAGUGGUUCGCAUAAUUGAUAAAGUUAUCGAGAGCGGGGAGUUUGCCAGCGGGGUCCAAGGUGUUUGUGAGGCAUGUGAGGCCCUUAGGUUUGAAAAGGGGAAGCAACUAUGUGGUUGCUCUACACGUCCUGGAGAACCUGAAGUCCCAGAUCCUGGCGGUGUUAAAAGAAAGGCUGAAGAGGUGGAUGCCGCUUUGUUGUCCCUUGCUGAGACGGAUUUCGCAGGCCUUUUUCGCUUGGGGGGAGCUGGAUUAUGA